GCAGCCACAGUCGGCAUCAAAGCAUGGCCCACGUUGGAGGCUGGGACUAUGACGAGAAGCUGCCAGCGAUGGGCGCGGGCGUGACCAGCAGCACGGCUCUGGCCAUACGGAAUUCGACAAUAAUCGCGCAUCGUUUGUCCAUCUAUUUGCCGCAGCUGCUGUUGCCCACGCGGGAUCCACAAAAGCUCAUCAUGGAAAUCAACUGCCAUGUGGCUCAAUUCCGUGAGCUGCUCAUCUUUAUUGGCCAAGCGCGCGAUUCGCCCGAGCUGCGCGAAAAGAUCCGCCGGCUGCGACGCAGCUGCGUGGACGCCUGCAAGCUGACGGCGCAUCUGAUCACGCCGCAGUCCAGGCUUAGCCAGGCGGCCAGCUCCAGUGAGUGCCGCUUGCAGCUAUCGCUGCUCUACCAGCUGACGCAGCAGUUCCGGCACGAGCUCAUCAAGAGCCAUCGGCUCAUACAGCUGGUGCCCUACGACAUGACCGACUACUAUGCGCCCGCUCGCAGCGCACCCUCGAAUCUGGGCAAUGUGAUUAGCCAGAUAUUGCUGUGCAAGCAAAUCAAUCCGGACUUCCAGCAGGAGGAGCUGUGCAGCAUCAGCAAGGAUGCGCAGGAGUUGAGCGAGCUGCUCGCCCAGCUGGAAUCGCAUCUGCCCAGUCCCGCGGCCGCCGACGACGAACCGGACCCGCACCUGGACCUGCACCUGCCUCACAGCUGCGAUGUCAACCUGGCCAUGUCCGCCUGGUACAAACACCAGCGACGUCGCAGCUGCCGCAGCCGCAGUCGCAGUCUCUGCUGCUGCCUUCGGUCAUCUCAAGCGAAUUAGUUUUAAGCAGGUAAGCGAAAGUCAUGCCGCGUAUGAG